AUGCUCGUCCAGGUGGACAAGGCGGUGUCGCUGCGCCUCGCGGAGGCGGCGGCCAACACGGACGAGGCGGAGGGGGAGGAGAGGCAGGGCGCGGGGUCAUCGCAGCCGUCGCUCCUGCGCUCGCUGAGAGGCAUCGUGUUUUACGCCACACCCCACUUCGGGGCCCCGAUUGCAAGCGUCGUGACGGGACUGAAGCGGUACUACGAGAGCAUCGGCGGCAUGGCUCCCUCGGCGAUACUCACCACCCUCGGCGACCACAGCAAGGAGGAGUUGCUGAGCCUCAAUGAGCAGUUCUUCCAGGCGAUUGAGGGCUGCAGCGACGCGGGGUACGUCCACGUUCUCUCCUUUGGGGAAACCCGGCGCCUGAAUGGGGUGCUGCGCAUCGUGGAGCCGGCGUCUGCCAACCCCGCCGCGGAUGACCCGCGGUUUCCGUUUUACCUCCUUGACGCCGACCACCUCGGCAUCAAUCGGCCCGUCUCAAAGGAGCAGCCGGCCUACACGAUUUUGUUUGGCUUUCUUAAGCGCAUGCAACGCGACGGACUGCUCUCUCGCACGGAAGGCAGCAAGACGGCUGCUGCCGCCGACGCCGGAGAGCUCCCGAGACGGCAGGAGGUGGAAGGCAAUGACAAGGCAGCUGUUGUAGCGAUGGGGGAGCCGCUUCUCGGCGAUGCUGCCCUGCCCCAACGUGAGAGUAAGGAGGGGCUUGAGGUGCGUAUGUUGCUUCACCUGCUGGAUCACUGGGUUCGGCGGCUGCGAACGCACUCCACAACCCUCUUUGGCUUCAUGAUGCCCAUGCAGCUGAGCAAACUCCUGGCGUUGGUGAAGGACAUCGUCGACUACGUCACCGCGUCUUUUUCCUCGACAGAAACGGCCAAUGAGGCCUACCUACUGAUACCACUGCGCCUCCUUGCCUACUGGGCAGAACGCGCCGUUUCUACGCUAGAGAACUUCUUAAUGUGUCAAGCCGAGCGCUCUGUUAUGCAUCACCUUUCUGCCCUGGAGAGUCGCACGCUGCACGACAUUGAUUGCGCUGCGGCGGCGCUGCGGCGUGAGUGGGAGUGGUUUCACCUGCAGCUCUGCCAAACGCAUCUCCUCCCGGACGGCUACCCGGUCGUGAUCUUCUUUUCACAGUCCGUCACGCUCACCGUCGCGGAUGCCAUGAUGGACGACGCUGGCUGUCUGCUUGUGUUGGCCACGCAGUGUGUGCCGGAGGCCUGUGGGUGGCAGCGGGACGCGGCGAUCUCGUGGGGGUCGCAGGAGACACACGCCCGGCUUCCGCCCUCCGUCUCUAUGGUGGGCGCCCUGCUCACCGGCUGGAUGUGCCUUGGCGUCACCCGCAGGUACCGCUGCGCCACAGCGGCAUUCGAGCGCCUCCUCCGCGACUUGCGGCUGCUGCAGCAGGACGCAAGCGACGUGCUGCAGCCAGCGGCGACGGCUACUCCCCCCCGCGCGCGCCCCAGCGCCCAGGAGGCCAACUUUACGUGGUGGUGGGGGGGCGGCGGCGGCAAGGCAAAGACGAUGAGUGUAGAGAGAAAAAAAAACCUUUUGCAGGUGUUUGCGUUGCUGGCGCAAGCCAGUCUGUGCUGGAGCCUUUUCCUGCUUGCCCAGCUCCCCGGGGCGGUGACAGCUUCCGCGCCACCGAGCGCAGACAAGUGUGCGGGGGCGCUGCAUCAGGCCCUGAUGGAGGGCUCUCGCCGCUGCGGCCUGCUGGAGCGCAGCCUUCGCAUCGACAGCAUCACGGGCCGCCCGUUUGCCUCCAUAAAGCGCAUUCCGGCGGCGGCGUCGCGGGCGGAGGGGAAACCGCGCCAUGCCGCGGGGGCGACGGAGAACAAAAAACGUUCACCCGUCCGCGCAUCCACCCUCCUAAAGGGCGCCGCGCUGCGACGCAGUCUCACCUUUAUUUGGGACGACGUCCGGCAGGGGGAGAGCAGCGAAGAGGCGGCAAAUCGCUUUGCCGCCAGCGUGUUGGUCUUCUGGUGGAUCAUCGAGAGGCGUGUGAGGUUGCACGGCGCCGUGGGCACUGCGGACGGCGGAGCGGUCAAGGAGACGCAGGAAAAGGGCGCCUUGCAGGACCGGUCGCCGUGGGUCUGGGAGAACGCCCACCCCCGCGUGAAGAGUCAGUGGCUCACCUGGUGGUGCGUCACCAGCGACCCUGUCAAGAACUCCGGCGAGAUGAAUACCGGGCAGCUUCGACUCUUGACGGAGGCACUGCAGCUCCACAACGGCAAUGCGCUGGCGUUGUACCUAACUGGGCGGCACCACCUCUGGCGAGGCCAGCUGGUCCCUGCCGCGGAGGCGUACCUGCGCGCCUUGGAGUCCACGCGGAGCGUGGACAACGCGCUCUACCGCGUCUCCGCCGUCGGCCUCGGCUGGGCGCACCUGCACCACCACCGCUGCGACGGGCGCGAGGGCGGCGGGGUGGACCUCCUCGCCCUGCUGGGGGGCCCGUCUGGGCUGCGGGAGUCCUGGUGGCUGCGGCAGGGAGAGGCGCCUGCGCGGCAGUGCGGCGCCACCGUCACUGCCGCCGACACGGCGGACGCGCACGAAGGCGGCGAGGACGUUGCACACCACCUGAAGCGAGCCUCCGCCCUCUUUGAGGCCGUGCUGGCCUUCGACCCCCACGACAAGGGGGCGCUGUGUGGGAUGGGGCGCGUGAAGAUGUUAGACGUGGAGGCGGCGUGCAGGGUGGCCUUCCCAGCCGCCCGCCGACACUUCGAAACUGUGCUGGGGGCAACGGCGGCCACGCCAGAGACGGGCUGGGAGCGAAAGGGGAAUCGGGAGGACGGCAUUGCGGCCUUCGACGAUCGGCUGUGGGAGUCACGUGCGGCGUACUGGAUGGGGGAGAUCCAUAGAUGCAGCCCGGAGGCAGACAUCGAGGCAAGCGAGACACUCGCAAGCAACAUGCAGGAUGUGAAGGCGUGGUGGGAGUACGCGGUGGGGCGGCACCCGCGGAACGAUUGGGCCCUCACCGCGCUGGGGCUUCUUUACGCGGGGCAUCGGCCUCGACGCCACCACGGCGACGCCGAAGCGGCGCGGCAGUGCGGGGCGGGGGUGGAGCUGCUGCAGCGCUCACUGGCCGUGAACGCAAAGAACACCUGGACUCUGUGGGGCCUCGCGCAUCACUCGCCCGACGUAACGCAGCGGCAGACGUGCCGCAUGCUGCUGAAGAAGCUGCUACGAAAGUGA